GAUCUCCGCCAGAUUAUAACCAGCGCAAGGAGAUAGGCCAAUUCCUCUCUUCUUCCAUGCCACUGCAGGAUUCCCGAUGCGAGGAUGUCUGCAGUUAGUCCGAUGGCUGAGCGCAGCGCCGAACGGUCGGAUCGCGAGCCUCGCCUCGGCUGGCUUCUCGUCCCGGUAUAAUUCCCUUCGAUCCUUCACCAAUUCGGCCGUUUGGAGUGCCAGGGCAAAAGGAUCUCCAAGUUCACCGGAUACGGACCUCGAAAAGCGGAUCGCCGCAAUUCCUAUCGAUCGGUAUCGCAACUUUUGCAUCGUCGCCCACGUCGAUCAUGGGAAAAGUACACUCUCCGACCGGUUGCUGGAGCUCACGGGCACGAUCCAGCCUGGUAUGAAUAAGCAGGUCCUUGACAAGUUGGAUGUCGAGCGAGAGCGAGGAAUCACUGUCAAGGCUCAGACCUGUACAAUGAUCUACAACCACAAGGGCGAGGAUUACCUGCUACAUUUGGUAGAUACCCCAGGCCAUGUGGACUUCCGUGCAGAGGUGUCGCGCAGUUAUGCUAGCUGUGGAGGGGCCUUGCUCCUGGUCGAUGCUAGUCAGGGUGUGCAGGCGCAGACUGUUGCCAACUUCUACCUAGCCUUUGCGCAGGGCCUCGAAUUGAUCCCGGUCAUCAACAAGGUGGACUUGCCCUCGGCCGAUCCGGAGCGGGCUCUGGAGCAGAUGAAAAGCUCAUUUGAGCUGGAUACGGAGAACGCAGUCAAGGUUUCGGCGAAAACUGGAUUGAACGUUGCAGAAGUGCUCCCGAGGGUGGUGGAGAAGAUCCCAGCGCCAGUUGGAGAUGUCUCUAAACCUCUCCGCAUGCUUCUUGUGGACUCCUGGUACGACUCAUACAAGGGUGUUAUUCUUCUGGUACGCGUAUUCGACGGCGAGGUCCGUCCCGGCCAGCAACUCAUCUCGUUUGUCACCGGUCUCAAAUACUAUGUGGGUGAGGUCGGCAUUAUGUACCCCACUGAGACACCGCAGACGGUUCUCCGGGCCGGUCAGGUCGGCUAUAUCUAUUUCAAUCCCGGCAUGAAGCGCAGUCAGGAGGCCAAGAUUGGUGACACUUUCACUCGAGUCGGGUCUGAGAAGCUUGUCAAGCAACUCCCAGGUUUCGAAGAGCCCAAGUCUAUGGUCUUCGUGGCAGUGUAUCCCAUGAAUGCGGACCAUUUUGAGCACUUGGAGGACAGCAUCAACCAACUUAUCUUGAAUGACCGAAGUAUCACAGUUCAAAAGGAGUCCUCCGAGGCACUAGGAGCUGGCUUCCGAAUGGGCUUUUUGGGUACUCUCCAUUGCUCUGUAUUUGAGGACCGGCUUCGACAGGAACAUGGUGCCAGUAUCAUCAUUACUCCUCCCUCGGUCCCUGUUAAAGUGGUGUGGAAAGAUGGCACGGAAGAAAUCAUCACCAACCCUGCAAAGUUCCCUGAUGAUGACAGUGUUCGUCUGAAAGUCGCAGAGGUGCAGGAACCCUACGUGUUGGUCACGAUUACAUUCCCGGACGAGUACCUCGGCAAAGUCAUCGAGCUUUGCGAGGCCAACCGAGGCGAACAGGAAAGUAUUGAAUACUUCACUGCAAGCCAAGUCAUCCUCAAGUAUCAGCUACCACUGGCCCACCUGGUCGAUGACUUCUUCGGCAAAUUGAAAGGCAACACCAAAGGCUAUGCCAGUCUAGACUACGAAGAAUCUGCCUGGCGAGCCGGUAACAUCGUCAAGCUCCAGCUUCUUGUGAACAAGGUUCCCGUUGACGCCGUUUCACGCAUCAUGCACAUGGGCCAAGUCAACUGGCAAGGAAGACAGUGGGUCACCAAGUUCAAGCAGCAUGUUGACAGACAACUUUUCGAGAUUGUUAUUCAGGCUGCCGUUGGUAAGAAGAUCGUGGCUCGUGAAACGAUCAAACCGUACCGCAAGGAUGUCCUGGCAAAGCUUCAUGCUAGUGAUGUCAGUCGUCGGCGCAAGUUGUUGGAGAAGCAGAAGGAAGGCCGAAAGAGGCUUCGGGCUGUUGGAAACGUGGUGAUUGAGCAUAAGGCGUUCCAGGCCUUCUUGGCGAAAUGAUUGUACUAUACUUGUAUCUAUAUUUAUGUAUACCCCUCGAAUGUGUUUUUUACAAUGUCUUGUCAAAUGCCAAAGUCGUUUUCACUAUGUAUAGAAG